GGACAGCCGGCGAGCCGCACAGCCAGGUGCGAACGCUCCUGUCGCUCCAUGCUCAAGCUCCAGCCCGCUUCGCUCGCUGUCGGCGUCGUAUUCGGCCUCAUCGCCUCGCUCGUCCUCCGGCCGGAGAGCAGCGUGCCCUGUCGUGAGUGCCAGUCGGCUCCCGCCGUGCGUGAGCGGGAAGCGCGGCUGAAGAGCCUCGAGAUCGAGGUCACGGCGCUGCGCGAUAAGCGAGCCGCGCCGUGCGAGCCGUGCGCUCCGGCGGCCGCCGGUGCGCUCUCCGUCACCGUUGGAGCUGCACGAGCGCCGCCGCCGCCGCUGUCAGCGGGCGCGACGCAUCACCGUUGGUACUGGACUGAUCUCGUCCUCAAUUCGCUGCGGCCGUUCGCGAAGCUCAACGGUGGCAUCACGCGGUCGGGCCUGCGGCUGGCGGAGCAGAAGUGCAAGAUCUCCACCUGGUGCCACCGCGCGCAGGUCAUCGGAGGCCGCCUGUACAUCACAGACAUCCGCGCCAUCUUCUUUGACCGAAACUACGCGAUGGCGCGGGUGAUGCCGCUGCUGCUGACGCUCAAGGCGUGGCCGAACCUCCCUGACCUCGACGCCGUCUUCUCGGGCACCGACUACCCAAUCAUGGAGAUCCCGCGCGACGCCGCGCACAUGAUGCGCAUGUAUGGCGCGAGGCAAGCGAUCCCUCCCGUCUUUUCGCCCACUGCAAACAGCCUCACGCACGACCUGCCGUGGCCGGACUUCUCCUUCUUCCCGCCACGCAGCCGGUGCGGCAAGGCGUGCACCCACCCGCUCAAGACGCCUCGCUGGCAAGAGUCGCACCCGAACCUGGCGGCCAUGGGCAAGGAGGUGGGGUGGGACGCGAAGAUCGACCGCGCUGUCUUCACGGGCCACGCCCAAGCCCUCGGCCAGCGGGUGGGCUGCAACAUGAAGACCUCGCCCAACCGGCGAGCGAUCUACCACUACGCAGAGCAGUUCCCGGAGCUGCUCAUGGUGAACGAGGUCUACAUCAAGACGACGCCGCCCUCGUGCUUCGAGGUCGGCGAGCCGAACGUGACGCGCGGCGGCGUGCUGCAAAACAAGUGCGGCUUCUCAUUCAAGGAGAUGUGCCGCUACCGCUACCUGCUCAACGUCGGAUCGAACGGGUACGCAAACAAGCUCAAGUACCUGUUUCUCUGCGGCUCGGUCGUCAUUUGGGUGCGGACGGACUCGCUCAACUACGAGUUCUUCGAGAAGCAGUUCCUGCCGGGCGUGCACUACGCGGCUGCCGACACGGUGGACGACGUGCCGGACGUAAUCCGCGAGCUGCAGCGCGACCCCGAGUAUGCCCGCUCGCUCGCGCAGCGGGGGUUCGAGCGGAUGCUGCAGAUGGACACGGCGGAGGUGACGCACUACUGCUACGAGAUGCUCAAGGGGUACGCAGCACUGCAGCGCUUCACGCCGAAGCGCGACCCGCGGUCGAUCGAGAUCAACUGCGAGGACGACCUGAUCCGGCACUACGACCGCGGCCGCGGAGACACGUACGCCGGCGUGCUGCAGGAGAGGUACCUGACGCAGGACAACUCGACCUGCCUCCGCCCGCCGUCGGCCGGGGCGCCGCUCGGUCCGCCGGGGUGGGGUGGCGCCUUCAACGGCACCAAGCCGCCAUGCCUCGCAUCGCACGACCUCGCGGCCAAAGAGGAGGUGGGGGUCUGCGACAAGGGCACGCCGCAGCACGCGCGCUCCGGGCGGUAUGACGGGCCAGAUUGGGACGUGCCGGAGGCCUACAAGGGCGGCGCGCUCCCCGACUGGACCGACCGAGACCCGGCUGACUCUGGCAAGGGCGCGCGAGUAAACCCCUACAACCCUAACGUCCAGUGCUCCUGACGCAGACGGCCCACGUGCCGUGGUUUUUUGCGGGCCGUGUGCGUUCGCUAGACGCUAGUCGCGUGUGUGCCCGCGAUGCGAUGUCCAGUUUUGUUGUCAGUGUACAUGGUUCUGACCAGCGUCGUGCGUCGCCCAGACGUGGGUGUGCGCGGGUGUGCGGGUCGAUCAGCCGAGGAUGGAUCACAACCGGUUCUGCGCGUUUCUUUUCGAUCGUCACAUCCUUA